CGAGACUUAGCGAGACUGAAGACGCAGGAGGAGAGGGCGGUUGCGUCGGGAGCUCUCCGCGCACGCGCAGUGAGCCCCGUCUGCCCGACCUUCAAGGUUCCACCAUGUUCUCGCGGGCGAGUGUUGCCGGUCUGUCGGCCUGCGCCGUGCAGCCGCAAUGGACCCAAGUUCGAAACAUGGCGACUUUGAAAGAUAUUACCAGGAGACUGAAGUCCAUCAAAAACAUCCAGAAAAUUACCAAGUCUAUGAAGAUGGUGGCAGCUGCGAAGUAUGCCCGGGCUGAGCGGGAGCUGAAGCCUGCUCGAGUAUAUGGAACAGGCUCCUUGGCUCUUUAUGAGAAGGCUGAUAUAAAGGGACCCGAGGACAAGAAGAAACACCUCCUUAUCGGUGUGUCCUCAGAUCGAGGGCUCUGUGGUGCUAUUCAUUCCUCAGUGGCUAAGCAGAUGAAGAAUGAGGUGGCGACCCUCACAGCAGCCGGAAAAGAAGUUAUGAUUGUUGGAAUCGGUGAUAAAAUCAAGGGCAUACUUUAUAGGACUCACUCUGACCAGUUUUUGGUGUCAUUCAAAGAUGUGGGACGAAAGCCCCCUACUUUUGGAGAUGCAUCAGUCAUUGCCCUUGAAUUGUUAAAUUCUGGAUAUGAAUUUGAUGAAGGCUCUAUCAUUUUUAAUCGGUUCAGGUCUGUUAUCUCUUACAAGACAGAAGAGAAGCCUAUCUUCUCUCUCAACACCGUUGCAUCUGCUGAGAGCAUGAGCAUUUACGAUGACAUUGAUACUGAUGUGCUACAGAAUUACCAAGAAUACAAUCUGGCCAACAUCAUCUACUACUCCCUGAAGGAGUCCACCACCAGUGAGCAGAGUGCCAGGAUGACGGCUAUGGACAACGCCAGCAAGAAUGCCUCUGAGAUGAUUGACAAAUUGACGUUGACGUUCAACCGUACUCGGCAAGCUGUCAUCACAAAGGAGUUGAUUGAAAUCAUCUCUGGGGCUGCUGCUCUGGAUUAAUGAAAAUCAAGUUGCAUCCGAAGAUAAGAGGUAAAGGAAAACAGCAAGCUGAUUUUAACUGAUUGCUUUCUUUGUCAGAAGAAACUUGGUCUACUGAGUUACAAAGACAGCAAGAUGUUUGUAAAUUAUCUUACAAUAAACAACUUACAAUGAGAAAAUCAGUCUCAUUAUUAUUAAUAAAAUGUUUUCAAAAGGA